AUGCCCCAGGACCCGUUGGAUGCCUGCCUCAUCGCUGGCAUAAGCCUCAACGUCUCCCCAGGCACUUGGGCUGGGAACUGUGCAGGUGCCAUGCUUUCCUUCCGUGGUCGGUGCUUCUCCUUCAACAACACAGCGGACGGCUAUGGACGUGGCGAAGGCUGUGCCGCUGCAGUGCUGGGCCGUGGCGAGUACGACCAAGAUGACGAUACAACUUGUGGAACGUUGGCCGCCAGCCACAGCAACUCGGAUGGUCGCUCCGCCAGCCUCACGGCCCCGAACGGCCCAGCACAGCAGCGCUUGCUGCGAGCAGCUCUUACUGAGGCGCGUCUUCAACCGACAGAUCUGGACAUCUACGAAGCUCAUGGUACAGGGACUUCUCUCGGAGACCCUAUCGAGGUGAGGCCUUUGCGAUUCCGAGUUCUGACGCAGAGGGAGAAUCCUGUCCUCGGCUUAGGUGAUGAUCUCCUGCUCGAAGACUAA